AUGAAUCUGCAGCGGCGCGUUGCAUUGUGGGAAACACAUGAUUGACGCCGACGCCAUUUUGCCGAGCGCGUCCAUUGUGUGAAGCUCGUAAACAUCUGACAAACACUCUCUAGUACACACACACACUUUUACCGCUGGUGAUCAUUUGACGUCAUGGCUCGUACCAAGCAAACUGCUCGUAAGUCCACUGGAGGAAAGGCUCCUCGAAAGCAGCUGGCUACAAAGGCUGCCCGCAAGAGUGCUCCUUCCACUGGAGGAGUCAAGAAGCCCCAUCGUUACAGGCCUGGGACUGUCGCUCUGCGAGAGAUUCGUCGGUACCAGAAGUCCACUGAGCUGCUGAUCCGCAAGCUGCCCUUCCAGCGCUUGGUCAGGGAGAUUGCUCAGGACUUCAAGACCGAUCUGCGUUUCCAAAGCGCUGCCAUCGGUGCUCUGCAGGAGGCCAGUGAGGCUUACCUGGUGGGACUAUUUGAGGACACCAACCUGUGCGCCAUCCAUGCCAAGCGUGUCACCAUCAUGCCCAAAGACAUUCAGUUGGCCCGCCGAAUCCGUGGAGAACGUGCUUAAAACACAUGUAACUUUUGUCUUUUU